AAGGGUUACAGGGGAUGGGCAUGGUGAAUGGGGAUUUUUGUACACACACACGUUGGAGAUGAGCGAGGAGUUAUUCUUUCCUGUUGCAUUGGCAGCUGUGCAGAACUAUCCCCGCAGCUCCCUCUCUGCCUGAUCCAAGCACCCAGGGACCCUCUCUACCUGCCCGGCUGCACCGGGGGGCGCAUUACAGGUCUCCAUUUAUCUUCAAUGAAGAAUUUUGAUGAAGACCAUGAAGUAGCCAUCUCAAGAACAGGGUUUUAAGAAGAGUGCUUAUCAACUGGUGAACUUGCACCCUUUCAUCAACACAGUUCUAAAAAUCCCAUAGGAAUGAAUAGAACGUGGAUACAACAAAGAAACGUUAGAAUGUGCUAAAGACCUGGAUGGAGCAGAGGUCGUCUCCACUUGCGGAGUUUCUUCUGACUGAAUCUGCGCCAUGAACGCCACGACCGACUCAGAAGAUGCCGAGCUGCGCCACGUCAUGCAGGUGUUGGUCACUGUGAUUUUCAGUUUUAUUUUCCUACUGGGAAUGAUGGGCAACGGGACUGUCAUUUGGAUCACAAGUUGCCGCCUUCGGAGGACAAUCAACACAGUGUGGUUUUUCAACCUGGCACUGGCAGAUUUUAUUUCCACUUUCCUGGUUCUGGUCACUGUCCUUUAUUUGCUACUGGACUUACACUGGCCUUUUGGACCCAUUCUGUGCAAGUUAGUCAACUGCAUUUUUGGACUCAGUAUCUAUGCCAGUAUUCUCCUGCUCACCGCAAUUAGUAUUGACCGCUGUGUGUUUGUCCUCUUCCCAGUGUGGUGCCAAAAUUACCGCAAUCCAAGGCUGGCAGCCACUACAUGCUUGGUCAUUUGGGUUGUUUCCGUGGCUCUAGUUCCUGGCUCUUACACCAUAUCAGAGAUGUCCACAGAGAAGAACCGAAGCUCUUGCAAAAACCUUGAUGUUUUUGAAGACUGGGAAAAAAGGGAGGCUGGUAUCUUCACCGUUUGCAUCUUCCUCUACCAGUUUUUGGUUCCCUUGAGCAUAAUACUUAUUUCCUAUACCAUCCUCUUACUUACUCUUCACAAGAAAAAACUUAACAGAUCUAGCAAACCUUUGCUUGUUGUUACGGGGGUGGUUUUCUCCUUUUUUUUAUGUUGGCUUCCCUAUCAUGCUUUGGCAAUGGCCCGUGUUUUCCUAGGGGGGCUUUCGCUUUGGGUCAGUCUGGUUGGCGUGCCACUAUCCAAGUGCUUGGCAAUGUUCAACAGCUGCAUUAACCCACUACUCUACGUUUUUGUCGGUCGAGAGUUCAAAGAUGAAGUUAAGAGAUCUCUAACACAAGUUUUUAGAGCUGCCUUUGAAGAACUGCCCCAGUAAAGUGUCAAGUUGCAACUGCAAAUUGUUAUGCAAUCGCCAAAGAGGACUACAUUCAAGGUAAAGGUUUAGGGGGACAAUCAGUAUUCUUUUGCCUCUCUAUGUUGUAUGAACAGUGACAACGGAACAAGGUAUUGCACCACUGGAAAUCCAUGAAAUACUGGGAUCAACAGUUUCCACGUGGCAGCUCUGGAAGAAACAAAGACUUAAACAUUAUUUAUGUUGAUUGCCACAAAAAGUUUACCAUGGACCAUGAAAGCUUUCAGUAUCUUGAUAUAGAAGCCAAAUUCACAUCCUUUUCAUGAAUAACGUAGUGGCUAAAAAAAUAUGAAGGCAGGGAAAAACCCAUUAAAUGUGUUACACGUGAUAUUAUCAAGCCUUGUCAAUGAUCCUCCCCUCAGUAUUGUUCAUAAAAUCCAUGUUCAUGAUAUCUUGUUAAAUCCUUGUUAUAGAGGUGAGCUUAACAUUGUAAAAAGUUCAAUGUAUCGUGUUUGCGGGUCUCUGUGUCUGAUGCUUGUUACAAGAAUAGGAGGCUAUGGAAAGCUCAUUUAGGACAUUCUAAGAGCUUGAGGAACCUCAACAUGUGCAGUGAUUCUAUUGUGUUUUCAUCUACAAAUAAACAUUAUAACAAGGGAGAUUCUUUCCGUA